GAUUAUUCUGCCUGAUGGCCAGAGAACCCGGAAGUAGCGCCAGCGUAACAAUCGCAGAUCAUUUGAGUGUCAGCGGCCUGUCUGUCUACUGUUGAUACAGAAGAACAAUGCGAGUCACAGCGGUGUCAAGCUCUCCGAGGAUCCAGGCAGUGUUGACCAGCGCUGCUUCAGGUCUAGAGGGCUUCAAAUCUCACGCCGUCUUCCAGGAGAUCAAUAAGAAGCUGCAGGAGGAUGGAGAGCAGUUUGUGAAGAAGAUUGGAGGCGUGUUUGCUUUCAAGGUGAAGGAGGGGCCGGGUGGGAAGGAAGCCACCUGGAUUGUUGAUGUGAAGAAUGGAAAAGGCUCCGUUGACAAUGACACCGAAAAGAAAGCCGACUGCACCUUUGCCUUGGCCGACUCUGACCUGCUGGAUCUGAUGACAGGAAAGGUUAAUCCACAGACUGCGUUUUUCCAGGGCAAACUGAAGAUCACUGGAAACAUGGGCAUGGCCAUGAAGCUUCAAAGCCUGCAGCUGCAGCCGGGCAAAGCCAAGCUGUGAUAAGCCCCGCCCCAGUGGGCGGAGUCUUGAGGAGAUCCUCCCUUAGAGUUUACUCCGUUAUUGUAGCUGCACAGGAGUCAGAAACGAAUGUGUUUCUGCGUUGUAGUGUUCAGCUCUUCUCUAACAAGUUAAAGGAAUAGUUCAACCUGAAAUGAACAUUUUGUAAUUAUUUACUCACCUUCACACCAUUCCAAACCCAUUUAUGGUGUUAUUUACUUUUUGUUCGUGGAGCUCAAUAGUAGAUGUUUUUAAACCCAUCACUACAACAGUUCACAGUGACCUUGUCUCCAAAAUGUACAAAAGGAUUUGAAGAUGUGAAUUGCAACUUCACAUUUCUGUGUUUUCCCCUCACAGUGCUGUCGUCUGGCUUCAGAGGACUUGGAAUAUAACUCAAAUAGACUUUUGACUUUUUUUGGUGUAUUUCAGUCCCUUUUUUUCCGCAAAUAAAAUAACAAAAUACAGGUUUGGAACGACAUGCGGAUGAGUAAAUAAGAAUUUUCAUUUUUGAGUGAGCUAUCCCUUUAGUUAUGAAUCACAGGAGUCUGGAAGAGGUACACAGAAGAUACUUAAUAAGGUCUAUUUGUAUCUUUGCAACAGUUUUCUUAUAAUUGGCCCCCAAAACGCUUUAAAUUGUAUGUAUGAAUUCUGUAAUAUAUUGGAAGCAAAUGUUGUUCAAGUUGCUGCAGGUUGUGUGCGUGCGCGCGCGUGUGCGUGUGAGUGUGCGCGUGUGUGAAAAAACCCUCAACUAUCAACACAAAUAUUCAGCAUGGCACAAGGCAUUUUUUUUUUAAAUGUUGGACCGCAAUGAAUUCCUUUUCAUCUUUAGUUAUUCCAGAUCUUCUGUUUGAUGGGGCAGGUUUACAGUACACCUUAAUAAAACCAAUCAGUGAAAGGAUGUAUAGUACAGUUUUAACUGGAAGUUUAUGUCUGUGAUUUAUGAAUGUUUUCCCUGUAUGUAUGCAUGUACUCAUCUAUAUUCUGCCCACCAGAUUCUAAAGAUAUUUUGUACUAAAUAAACUUAGUCUUUCUCAUUAAAAAUGACAAGU